UGACUGAUGAAGGAUGUUGUCCGACGAUGGAUCUGCUACGGUCGGAGCCAAUGCAACUCGUUCAGCUCAUCAUUCCCACCGAAUCGGCUUACCGAGCUAUCUCUUACCUUGGCGAUCUCGGCCUCUGUCAAUUCAAAGAUCUUAAUGCAGAAAAGAGCCCGUUCCAACGGACAUAUGCUGCUCAGAUUAAAAGAUGUGGAGAAAUGACACGCAAGCUUCGGUUCUUCAAGGAACAAAUGGCAAAGGCUGGUUUAUCACCCUCGACAAGGUCAAUGAGAGAGGGAGAAGUUGAUCUGGACCAUUUAGAGGUUAAACUUGCAGAGCUCGAAGCUGAGCUAAUUGAGAAUAAUGUGAACAAUGAUAAGUUGCAACAUAGUUACAGUGAGCUAUUGGAGUAUAAACUCGUUCUGCAGAAGGUUGGUGAGUUUUUCUCUCCAGCACAAAAAAGCGCAGUAUCUCAACAGAGAGAACUUGGAGUUCAGAGCAGUUCCGAAGGGUCUAUUGACAGCCCAUUACUACAAGAACAAGAGAUGACGACGGAAACAUCAAAGCCAAUUAAACUGGGUUUUACCGCUGGCCUUGUUCCAGGAGAAAAAUCAAUGUCUUUCGAAAGAAUUUUAUUUCGUGCCACCAGGGGUAACUUGUUUCUAAAACAAGCCAUGAUUGAACAUCCUGUACUUGAUCCUUUGUCAGGAGAGAAGGUUGAUAAAAAUGCGUUUCUUAUCUUUUACUCUGGAGAAAGAGCUAAUAGUAAAAUUCUAAAAAUAUGCGACGCCUUUGGAGCAAAUCGUUAUCCUUUCACAGACGACUUGGGCAAACAGUUUCAGAUGAUUACAGAGGUAUCUGGAAGACUUUCCGAAUUGAAGACUACCAUUGAUGUUGGAUUGCUACACAGGAGUACUAUAUUGCAGACAAUUGGAUAUCACUACGAGACGUGGAGCCUUCUGGUGAAGAAGGUAAAAUCCAUUUAUCACACUUUGAAUAUGUUUAGCAUCGACGUGACAAAGAAAUGUCUUGUUGCAGAAGGUUGGUGCCCUGUUUUUGCAACAAAUCAGAUUCAAGGUGCAUUGCAGCGAGCAAGCAUGGACAGCAAAUCACAAGUUGGGGCUAUAUUCCAGGUUUUACACACAAAGGAAUCACCACCUACCUAUUUUCAGACAAACAAAUUUACUUCUGCUUUUCAAGAAAUUGUAGAUGCUUAUGGAGUUGCCAAGUACCGCGAGGCAAAUCCUGGUGUUUUCACAAUCAUUACAUUUCCAUUCCUUUUUGCUGUUAUGUUUGGUGAUUGGGGGCAUGGUAUAUGUUUAUUGCUGGCUACUUCAUAUUUCAUUAUCAGAGAGAAAAAAUUUUCUGGUCAGAAACUUGGGGACAUCGUGGAAAUGACUUUUGGUGGCCGCUAUGUUAUUAUGAUGAUGGCACUGUUCUCAAUCUACACAGGAUUGAUAUAUAAUGAAUUCUUCUCUGUUCCAUUUGAACUAUUUGGGCCAUCUGCCUAUGGAUGCCGUGAUCCUUCAUGCAGGGAUGCUCGUACAACAGGUCUGAUUAGAGUCCGACGAAUUUAUCCAUUCGGUUUGGAUCCUAAAUGGCACGGUACUAGGAGUGAAUUGCCAUUUCUCAACUCUCUGAAGAUGAAGAUAUCAAUCCUACUGGGUGUGGCCCAAAUGAAUCUUGGAAUUAUGCUGAGUUACUAUAAUGCAAAAUACUUUGGAAAUGACAUAAAUAUCUGGCACCAGUUCAUUCCCCAAAUGAUAUUUUUAAAUAGUUUGUUCGGCUAUCUUUCACUCCUCAUUAUCGUUAAAUGGUGUACCGGAUCUCAAGCUGACCUGUAUCAUGUGAUGAUAUACAUGUUCUUAAGUCCAACUGAUGAUUUGGGUGAAAACCAGCUCUUUGUGGGCCAAAAGUUCCUUCAAAUUGUGUUAUUAUUGUUGGCAGUCAUUGCUGUACCUUGGAUGCUAUUCCCUAAACCCUUUCUCCUCAAGAAGCAACAUCAAGAAAGACAUCAAGGCCAAUCUUACUCUUUGCUUCACGCCAUCGAUGAACCUCUUGAAAGAGAGCCGCACAGCGAUACUGCUCACCACGAGGAGUUUGAUUUCAGCGAUGUUUUUGUGCACCAACUUAUACACACAAUAGAAUUUGUUCUUGGUGCAGUAUCUAAUACAGCUUCAUAUUUACGUUUAUGGGCUCUCAGUCUUGCCCAUUCAGAGCUAUCAAGUGUAUUUUAUGACAAAGUACUGCUUCUUGCGUGGGGGUUUAACAAUAUAGUCGUUAUCAUUAUUGGCAUUACUGUUUUCACAUUCGCAACUGUUGGCGUGCUUCUGAUAAUGGAAACUUUAAGUGCGUUCUUGCACGCUCUGAGGCUUCACUGGGUAGAGUUCCAGAACAAGUUUUACGAAGGAGAUGGCUACAAGUUCUGCCCGUUUUCAUUUACUUCACUAAACGAAGAGGAUGGAUCAUAGUUGCCAGAUGCCGCAUUGACCAUGUCAGUUUGCCAAUAGAGGAGCCUGGCAAAUUUUGAUUAUGAGGCUGUCCACGCAAGCUCCCCUGUCUAUAUAUUUGUAGCAAGUUUGUCAAAUGAUUGUAUAAAUUAUAAAAAGGCAAUAUGAUUUCCUAGAGAAAUUCUUUCCGUUCCUAUUCAUAUUAUAAGGGGUAACAAUCUUUAUCUUUAGUACAACUAAUGAGUAGAGUUACAUAGUAAACACA